UCUACAGCGAGCCUCGCCUGAAUCAGCUGGCUGCAAUAUUAUUGUGAGGUUAUGUUAUAUUUUUGAUGACAGUGUUCUUGCUUAUGAACGAUCCUCCUUUCUUAUGAAUGGUUAUUGAUUGUUUGAGAUUGUUUUGUUAUUUUUUAAAGAUUCAGGUUAAUUUGCAGGUUUUCCAAUCCUUGUGUUAUUUUGUAACGUGCAAAUAUGACUGAUUAUUGAGAUCAACAAACUAAUUGGAUUUUAGAACUAAAAAUAUUUCAGAGAAUUCUUUACAUAUAAUAAAGUUAAUAAUUUAGCCAUAAAUUACCAUUUUUUACCAAUAAUUUGGUAAUUUGAUCAUCAACCAUGGUUAAACGUAAGGAGCCAUCAACACCUAGAGACAAUGAAGAAGCUGAAUCAAGUGAAUCACCAAGAAGACAUAAGAAGCAUAAUAAAAAACACAAGAAACAUAAGAAGAGAAAGUUUGAGGAGUUUGAAGAAGUGAUCGACGUAUUAGAUCCUUCAAACAUCAAACUUACGAUUAAGUUACCCAGUGAUGAAGAAAAUAUAGACAAAGUUCUGAGUGAAAUCGGAGUUGCAGUUAAAGCACCGGUCGAAGUGAAAACCUCACCAUUAAGUAGUUCACCAUCUAAAUCCAGUUCUUCGAAAAAGAAAAAGAAAAAAGGUAAAGAUGGUGACACUUCCAGCGAAGAAGAAAGAUGGUUGGAUGCCAUUGAAUCCGGAAAAUUGGAAGAAGUGGACGAUGAACUCAAAAAGAUUAAACCAAAAGAUCCGAAUCUGAUGACAGCUCGUCAGAGGGCCAUGUUUGAAAGGAAGAGUGACAAAGAAACUCCAGGAGAACAACUGUUAGCUUUACCAUCAGGAUAUAGAGAAAAAGUGAUGACUCCUGAAAUGGUUCAGAAAGCUGCCAUCAAUUCUCAAAAACGGAAGCAGCUAGCUGAUGAGAGACGAGAGAAAGACAGGAAAAAGACAAUGGAACGGCUGCUGAAAAAGCAGGAGAGUAAGCUAGGAAAACUUGCUGGCAAAGGAAAAGGAUCAAAGCGUUUGGUUCCUCAUGUGGUUUAUUUAGAUACACAUGAUGGCAAAGCAAUUUCAUUUCCAUUAGGAAUGGACAUUCCAUUGAAGCAGUCUGAAGUACCCAAACCUCCUUCACCGAAAUUUUGUGAAGUAAAAGGUUGCUCAAACAUACGAAAAUACAGUUGUUCAAAGACAGGAAAAUCGCUCUGUAGUCUUCAGUGUUACAAGGCAAAUUUGAAACAUUAAUGUGAUGAACAGUGUAAAACACUGGAUAUUGUUCUGCUGGAUUUAUUUUUUUUGUACAUGAAUUGUGUUUGUGAGAUUUUAAUAUUGUAAAAAUCAAGUUGUAAUAUAUGAUAUAAAAUAGAACAUCUAAUUGAAA